AUGGAUGAGCAGGUGCAGGACCUGGUGUCUGCCCUGGAGCACACCUUGGAACAAAGUAAGCUCGGGAAGCUGAGGGAAGAAAUAGUUCAGAGCCCACUUCAUCAGCGGUGGCAGGUUCGCCGUCAAAGAGGCCGCAAGCUUCGUUGCAAAUCCUCGGACCGUCCUGAAGAAUGACGCCAUUUGAUCGAAGCAUCAGAGUCCAGUUUAGACGUAACAUCUCCAAACUCCUGGCGGAACUCUCAGCCUACUUUGGCAACGUCGGCGUCCAACUGCAGCAACUCUGAUAACCAGUGGCACUCCCGAGUGAUCCGCCCGAUCAGGACCAGGCAGCCCUUCUGGCCUGAGUCAGACUCUUUAUCUGAAAAUAAUCUAGGACGACCACUCAAGAGGAAGAGUAAGAUUAAGCGUGUGACCCCAAAUGUUCGAGUCAGAUUGCAGCAAAAGCUAAAUGUUUCUGCUAUAGAAAGGAAACUGAGGCCCAGGUCGUCUAGGAUACAGCGUCUCUCAAGAUUGAAGAAAAGCUCCAGCGCUUGGAUCAGACAAGACAGGAAGGUUGAGAGAAAGCAGUGCUGGAAUAGAGAGAACACGCUGGAACAUCAAGAUGCUGCAGAGGAGAAAAUGUCUGAUGGUGAAAGCAGCAGUAACUGCAGCGCUGACCCUGGCCUUUUCACCAUUGAUGAAGUGAGGCAAGGUGAUGAUGAGCAGAGCGACUGCUUCUUUUAG